AUGCAUCAACUAGCUGCAACACGCUACGGCUACCAAGGAUGGAGUCCCCGCUUCCGUGGAUGGAUCCCCCACUGCCGUGGAUGGAUCCCCCGCUACCAAACCAUCCCUCCCAAGAUCAACCGUAUCUCCUCAAACUAUCCCACCCGUGACGGACAAGAACAAUCUGCGUAUUUUACAAAUAAUUUUUGUAAACCAUGUGGAGUGGUUCUACAGCAUGAAUCAGAAAGGAUUUCACAUUUUGAGAGUGAAAUACAUGCUCAAAAUGUUAAGUUCUUUUUUCAAAUGCAUGGAGAACAAAAUGAAGUGCCUGGUAGGAAAGUGAGCAUGGAUGUUGGAAAUUCUCAGGUGUGCACGAGUGGAGAAGUCAACAGAAACCCAUUUACUGGUCUCUGCAACAUGAGUUUUGACUCCGCAGCUGCCGCUCCAUCUCACUGUGUGGAAACGAGCCAUUCUCAAACUCAGACGCAAUUACUGGAAGAGCAUAGUCAAGUAUCUCCAUCCACAUGCCCACCAAAGAUGGAUGAUAAACCCAGUACUGCUCCUGCCCUGCCAACCUUCCUGAAGUCUGUUAUUGUGAAGCCUCCUCCAGCAUAUAGAAUGAGAACCUACGUAUGCCAUAUCUUCAGUAUCACUUUUACAUCUUUGUAUAUGUUCCGGUCCCACAUGCAAGGAACUGAACAUCAAAUUAAAGAAUCUCAUGUUAUCAAUCAAGUGAAGAAUUCAAAGAAAAUGCAAGAGUCUUGCCAAGCUGAAUGUGGAGAUUACAACCAAAUGAAGAAAUCUAGAGAGCUAGAGCCCAGGGCUCAUUUCAGGAAAAUGGAGGAGGAUAAUUACAUGGAAACACAUGGAUACAGAGAAAUGGUUGAUUCUACACCCAGACAUCAAAUGCUUGAACAAAAUCUUCCACUUGAAAAUUUCUGGGCACACCCAGGACCAUACAGUGAUUCUAGAUCAGUAGAGGAGCAGUUACCUCAUAGUUUACCAGCAGAGUCAAAGACAUAUGACUCUUUCCAAGAUGAACUUGAAGAUUACAUCAAAGGGCAGAAGGCCAGAGGACUCGAUCCCAAUAUUAGUUUUAGACCGAUGUCAGAAAGCUAUAGGUACAGGGAUCACAGGUACACAGAAGGGAUUGAUCCUGGACACAGACAGAGGCCAUGUGAGGAAAGGUUUUCAGUUGAGCCACCACAGACCUACCAGCAAGAAUACAAUGGCUCCCCAGUGGAGGACCAAUCUCCUUACUGGUUAGCACCUCAUUCAAAGAGGAGAAAUGAUGAUUUCCAAAAUGAAUCUCAUGAUUACAACAAGGUGCAGGAAUCUAGAGAAUUCGAGCCAAAGACUUCCUUUACAAGAAUUGAUAGUUCUUUUGAAACCCAUAAUUACAAAGAAAUGGUUGAUGGAAGUUCUAGUCAUGGAAUGUUUGAGGAAAGACUCCCAUGUGAGACUUUCCCGACUUACCCAGCUCCAUAUAGCAGUGCACAAGCAGUAGAAAACCAGUUACCUCAUUGCUUACCAGCUUAUGAGAACCAACCGAGCCUAGAUACUGAUAGCUACUAUCAGCUUACCACAGAAGAGUUCUCAGACAUGCCUGUUUCCCUGAGCCUUAGUCAACAAGAACAUGACCCUAGCUCAUACAGUGUAGACUAUGACAUCUACAAACAUCUACCCUGAAAUGACAAUGCCAGUGCCCAUGAAACAGGUCAUAAAAGACGACAUCAGAAGAGAAGACGACACCUGGAAGAAGGAAAAGAAAGGCCAGAAAAGGAACAGUCCAAGCAUAAGAGAAAAAGAAGCUAUCAGGAUAAAGAUUUAGACAAAGACAAGAACACCGAGCAAAGUAAAGGAGACGAAGAUAAAGCUGGAGUCAGCUCUGAAAAAAUCAAGCAUCGAAGAAAGAAAAGAAAGCAUGAAGCUUCCUCAGAGGAAGAAGAAUGUAAGCACAAAAGAGGGAAAAGGAAAUCUGUUGAAGAAAGAACAGAAGAGGAAAUCCUUUGGGAUGAGUCAAUUCUUGGGUUCUGAACCUAUAGUAUACUAAGAAGGGCUAAGCAAAAACAAUAUUGGUUUAGAUAAAGACAGGAGUAAGUGUGAAAUCAAGGAAAGGUAGGUACAGAAUCAGCACAGAA